CACGCGCAAGCACAGACACACACUGGGAGCUCCUGUACUGCCCUACUCCGACUCCAUGGAGCCACCAUCCUCCUCCGAUCGCCGCCGACGCCAUGUGGUGCUCCUUCCCUACCCCGGCCGCGGCCACAUCCACCCGUUUCUCCGCCUUGCCCACCGCCUCGCCUCCCGCGGCUUCCUCGCCACCGUCGUCCUCACCCAGGAGUGGCUUUCCCUCCUCUCCUCCUCCCCCCCGCUUUCCCCUUCCGUCCGCUUCCGCUCCAUCCCCAACGUCGUCCCGUCCGAGCGCACCCGCGGCGCCGAUUUCGGAUCCUUCAUCCGAGCGGUGCUAGUCGAUAUGGGCCCCCCAGUGGCCGCACUGCUCGCAGAGCUCGACCCACCUCCCGCCGUCCUCGUCGCCGACUCCUUGCUCCCGUGGGCCCCUGCGAUAGCGCGUCGGAUGGACGUUCCCGUCGCCGCCUUCUUCCCCCAGGCCGCCACCGUCUUCCUCGCCUUGCAACAGCUCAAAGCCCUUUCGCCGCCGGAGAUCGAGCAUUCAAUUUCCGGUAAUGGAAGCACUUACCUUGAUUAUGUUCCAAAACCCACCUCUAGCCAUUUGGAUGAUUUCAUCACCCACUCCAAUGGUGAAGGCAUGCUCAAGGCCUUCAUUGAAGGCAUAUCUUGGUUUGCCACUGCUCACUGUAUCCUCUUUAACACCUUUAAUGAGCUUGAAACCAGAGCCCUCCACGCACUCCACUCCUUCCUUACAGUCCCCUUCUACUCCAUUGGCCCCCUUGUCGCCAACAUUGUCACUGAACACACCACAGAAUGGUACUUCACUUGGUUGGACUCUCAUCCGCAAAGGUCUGUGCUGUAUGUGUCAUUGAGUAGCUUCCUUCCUUUCACAAAUGAGGAGCUCAAAGAGAUCGCCAUCGGGCUUCAGAUGAGUGGGCAUCCAUUCCUCUGGUCUGUGCCUGAUUCAAAGAACAUUGAAGAGCUCAUCGGCCAGAAAGGUAUGGUUGUUCCAUGGUGUGACCAAGCUGGAGUGCUGUGCCACCCUUCAAUUGGGGGAUUCUUGACACACUGCGGUUGGAACUCGACAUUAGAGAGCAUUCAUGCAGGUGUUCCCAUGCUCACAUUUCCACUCAUGUGGGAUCAAUAUCCAAAUGGUAAGUUGAUUGUGGAAGAUUGGGAAGUGGGGUUUAGUUUAAAUGAUGAGGAGAAGGGUGUGGUAUCAAGGGAGGAUAUCGCUAGAGCAGUGCGAAGAUUGAUGGACCUCUAUUCUGAGGGGAGCAAAGAGUUGAGGAAGGUAAUGGAGCUCAAGAAGAAGUCUCAGGCUGCUUCUACCGGAGUAGACUUCGACAAUUUCAUCGAAAAAAUCAUGAGUCAAGAUAGUGUUGAAAGUUAAACAUUCCAGUGUUGAAGAUAUUAGUUUAUUUUGCCGUGUUAGUUUGGUUUAUCAAUCAUAGGUAGAGAGUCUAUGGAUAUGUCAGUCAUUGAAGUUGAUCUAAUGCAGUGUUGAGAAGUUCAUGACUCAAGACAACUUUGGAAGUAUUAAUUUGUUUUGUGGAAUACCUUAAUCUGUUGUAUCAA